CUGCUACAUCAGCCAGAAGCCAUGCUGCUCUUGCUGACCCUUGCCCUGCUGGUGAGCCCCACCUGCUGGGCACACGUUGGCAGACCCUUCAGCACCCCUCUAUGCAGUAAUGAGGAAGUCAAGGGAGUUCGGAUGACUGAGAGUUUCACUGGCUACCUUACAAGCCUCCAGGUAAAACUGGGGGAAAACUGGGAUGUUGUCCAUGGCCAUAAAAGAGGGACUCUCAAGGAAUUCAAUCUGGAUGAGGGUGAAUAUAUCACUGAAGUCCGUGGCUGCCUGAAGAUCAACCUCCGGUACUUGGUCCUGUGCACCAACCUACCUCGCUGUGUCUCAUUUGGGGUGAUGGAUACCCCUGAGUUCUUUUUCUUCCCCCCAAAGAAAGGGCAGGUGCUCAAGGGCUUCAAAGGCUCGACUGGGCUCCUUUUCUUGAAGAGUCUUAGCUGCAUAUGGGGUGAUGUACAUGUUGAUCCAAUCACUGUACCACCAACUGGUACAAACACUACCUCAUCACCAUAAGAUCUGGCUGAGUGUUCAGGCUGGGCCACAGACACACCCACUGAGGCUGUCUGGGUACAGAUGUCCUAACAGUACUAGGGUGACCAAGUUGGGAUUCUGAAUCCACCA